GCGACAUCAGCGACGAGUCUUUCGGAUGCGGGGCCUAGGAUUAUCCGCCAAUAUCAAUAAGCGACAUCACCGCAGAUGAUGCCUUCGGCUGCGGGGGCCAGGAUUUUCAACCAAUAUCAAUAAGCGACAUCAGCGACGAGUCUAUCGGCUGCGGGGACCAGGAUUAUCCGCCAAUGUCAAUAAGCGACAUCACCGCAGGUGAUGCCUUCGGUCGCAGGGGCCAGGAUUAUCCGCUAAUAUCAAUAAGCGACAUCACCGCAGGUGAUGCCUUCGGCUGCAGGGGCCAGGAUUAUCCGCCAAUAUUAAUAAGCGACAUCACCGCAGGUGAUGCCUUCGGCUGCGGGGGCCAGGAUUUUCAACCAAUAUCAAUAAGCGACAUCACUGCAGGUGAUGCCUUCGGCUGCGGGGGCCAGGAUUUUCAACCAAUAUCAAUAAGCGACAUCACCGCAGGUGAUGCCUUCGGCUGUAGGGGCCAGGAUUAUCCGCCAAUAUCAAUAAGCGACAUCACCGCCGGUGAUGCCUUCGGCUGCGUAGGCCAGCAUCGCAGGCCUCCACCGGCCGCCCGCUUCCCCAUCCCAUAACCUCCAUAAGAAAAUACAUGGAAUUUUGUCACAGUAUGAAGGUAGCCUAUCUACUACCUACUUUUGGUAUCAAAACAUGAAGAGAACCUUCACCUAAGUCUGUCAAUACGUCAAGGGUUCAUUUUCUAAAAAUUGUAAUGGUUGUCAAUU